GGAACGUGUAGGGAAUGGGAGGCGUUCAAGUUGUGUCCGGGUCGUGUUGGGGGCUGUAGCCGCUGCAUGGCAUUUGAGUGCGUCAGUUGAAGGAGCUGUUCGAAAGCUUACUUGGGAGUACCUGAGAAAAGGAGAAACCAACCUGCUCUUCAUCUAAUCAUUCUCUGAUAUCAGAACCAUCAAAGCAUGUCUGAGAGCUAUGACUUCCUGUUCAAGUUCCUGGUCAUUGGAAGUGCAGGGACUGGAAAAUCAUGCAUAUUGCACCAAUUCAUAGAGAAUAAAUUCAAGCAGGACAGCAACCACACGAUCGGAGUCGAGUUCGGCUCGAAAAUCAUCAACGUCGGUGGCAAGUCGGUCAAGCUACAGAUCUGGGAUACGGCCGGACAGGAACGGUUCAGAUCGGUGACGCGCAGCUACUACCGCGGCGCCGCCGGCGCCCUGCUCGUGUACGACAUUGCCAGCCGCGAGAGCUUCAACGCGCUGUCCGCCUGGCUGACGGACGCCCGCUCGCUGGCCUCGCCCAACAUCGUCAUCCUCAUGGUGGGCAACAAGAAGGACCUGGACGCCGAGCGCGAGGUGACCUUCCUCGAGGCGAGCCGGUUCGCGCAGGAGAAUGAGCUCAUGUUCCUCGAGACGAGCGCCAUGACGGGCGAGCACAUCGAGGAGGCGUUCCUCAAGUGCUCCAAGACCAUCCUGGCCAAGAUCGAGACCGGCGAGCUGGACCCGGAGCGGAUAGGCUCGGGCAUCCAGUACGGCGACCACGCGCUGCGCCGGCUCAACCGCGGCACGGCCCGUCCGACCAGCGGGCCCGAGUGCGGCUGCAAAAUCUGAGGCGCCGCCGGACGCGCGGGCGCCGGCCGGGCGCAGAGGCGACGACUAUUUAUUGCGGAGGGUCGCGGCCGGCACCGGCCCUGCUGCGCUGUCGAUGUUGGUGUGACUCUCGGUCAGAGGUUUAUUUUUAACGUAGUCGCCGUGAUUUCUCGUACGAGUUUAUGGGAUUUGUGUUCACAGAGUGGGGUGCUGGUGCGCCGCUCUGCCGCGGGCUCCGACGCGCCUCCCCGUCGGGUCCGAGGGUCUGCGCGCGGGGGUUGCUGGGCAAGCACGUCGUUACUUUGUCCGCUGUCGUCAUUCCCUAUGCGCUCUAGCUCGUGCCUUCCGCGCCACUAGGCACUGGCCCCUCCGCCUCUGCGUCGUCACAGUGGGGGGUCUGGCAGCCUUCCGGCGUUUCACCUCAGCUGCGGGCUAGCCGGCUCCUUUGUACCACGCGGCAGGGCUAUGAUCGGAUUUCGUGACAACGAGGAAUGACGCCCGAAGGUGCGCCUGUUCCUGGGCUACAGGGGCAUACGGGAAGGGGCUAUUUUGUCCCCCGUGAUUUGAGUCGGCCCGAUAGCGCGUCUCUGUGGUGGAUUGUGCGUCGCGUCGCUUGCUGUCUUUAUGGCUAAGCUUGUUUUGCAGUUAGAAGACAUUGGGGAUUCUUUUCCGAACCGGAAAAUGACGCAUUCGAGAUGGUGUCAUGAGGAGAGACUGAAGUGGCUGUGGCAGCAGGCUCCCUGUCCGUCGUCAUGCUGGCCAAGCGGCAGCUGUUGAUGAACCCGUCGUGUUCUAUGUUUGAUAUUGAUCACUGGACAGCGGCGACGCGUGCAGUUGCAUCGAGGGCCGUCUCCCACGAGCCCAGUGCCGCGCGCCCGCCUCUCUCCCUGGUCCCUAGGUGUAAGUCCCACCUUCUGAGAACCGUGAUAGGUUCUGUGGAGCUUUAAACGUAGUCUCACAACCUGAACUGUGAAUUGUACUAUACUGUAUUGGCAGGGCUCCGCGCAUGUGUAUAGCGAGUUUGUUUAAGCUAUCACGGGCGAGGAUGUGAAUUUACUUUAAUGACCGGGCAGCGCGACGCUCGUCAUGCGCUUGCCUUAUGGUCGAUGAUUGGCAGCCACCAAGCCUCUGUCUGGUGUAGCUAUGUUUUCUGGUCAUGACAAGACUAGAAAUGUGUCGUAGGGCGACUCAUUUGAAUAUUUCUGCCUUAUGCUUAGUAGAAGAGAACGCUUCUCAGCAGUAAUGCUUUGUGAUCACACUGGUAAAAGUAGCGUCGGGAGCCUGUGAUAGCCGUCGUGUAUGGUCCAUAUACCUAUACCGCCCAUUCGAUUGGGGCCCAUAUCGCUGCUACGUAACGCGAAGACUUGCGCGUUACCUCCGCCCGCUGAGUACUAGGACAAGUCGCUGGUCUUUUGGCGGCGUUUGCCAUCACCUUUUUGUUUGUUAUGAAUGCAUGUGGGGGAAGACGUGAACCAAAAUGCGUUGAUGAAAUUCGACAAGCGCCGCCGUGUUCGGCGUUAUGAAGCAAGCGCGGGAGUCACGAAUCCCCGCCGCUAGCCAAAGAUUAGAAACAGCGCGCCCUGCGUAUGCACGCAACUGCAUCAAAGAACUUGACUUUGCUAGUUUUCAGUCCAUCAGCGACCAAACUCCGAGCUACCACGCGGCCCUCCUAGCAGCGCGGCUCGCUCACCGUCUGUUGCCGCGCGAGCGGGGCCUCCGGGCACGGCCUCUCCUGACCCGCGGUGUGUACCGUGUGACAGUGACGGACCGGCGCGGCGAUGACGGCGGCUGUCCGCGCCGCCCCAGAGCCGGCUUUCUGUUGUAACACCGAGUCUAGUCUCCGAAUAAACGAGCCCAAAGCC